AUGCCAAUCGGUGUGCUGCCGAUGCGCUCUUUGCGUUUGAGGUCCAGUUAUAUUGAGAUCUCGAAUAUCCUUCGUGGUCGUGCUGCUGCACUGCCGAGACAAUGCCAUCGGCCGCUUCAUGCGCCGCGGUAUUUCCAUGCUCGAGCUUGCCUGCAGCAGGAGCCUCCUAAAGAGCUUCCAGCUUUCUUAGAAGCUUAUAAGCGGGCUGUCGACUUCCCUCCGGCGACUCAUGACUUCGAGACAUUUUUCGCACAGGCCGAGCCAAACACCGAAGUUGUGCUACACGGAUAUCUUGGCCAGCGCUCUGAUCUUUCCAAGAAACUGUCGUUCGUGCGCCUGGCCGAUCCAACUCUACAACACAGCCUGCAAGUCGUCGCAUUCGCCAAGAACAAUGCCUUCGAGAAGCUCAAAGCACUCAAUGCAAACAGCCCCGUAGCUGUGCGCGGCACUGUGCAAAAGAAGAAAGCCAAAGCCUCGGAAUCAGCCGAUAAGCCCGUCGAGGAUUCAUGGGAGCUCGCAUUGGAGGAGAUUCACCUUCUGAAUGACUUCCCCAAGGAGACAAUUAUGACACCCGAAACAGUGUUCCCGCCUGAGCAGCGAUACCUACAGCUGCGCUCGGAUACAGAGCUACGUGAGGCAUUGCGAUUCCGGGCCCGCGCUCAUAACCUCUGCAAGAAAGAGCUGGAGGAGCAGUCUCCGCCGUUUUUUGAAAUUGAGACACCGCUCUUGUUCAAAUCUACCCCUGAGGGUGCGCGUGAAUUUAUUGUUCCUACUCGCCGUGAGGGAUUGGCUUAUGCUUUGCCUCAGAGUCCGCAGCAGUAUAAGCAGAUUCUUAUGGCUAGUGGCUUGCCGCGGUAUUAUCAGUUUGCGCGCUGCUUCCGUGAUGAGGAUCUAAGGGCCGAUCGCCAGCCAGAAUUUACUCAGCUUGAUAUGGAGAUGUCCUUUGCUACCGGAGAUGAUGUGAUGCGUACAAUCGAGGGAGUCAUUCGUCGACUUUGGUCAUCGUUGAUGAAAGACCCCGCCCCGCAGGGCCCAUUCCGAAAGGUCCCAUAUCAGGAAGUCAUGGCUAAGUACGGCUCUGACAAGCCAGAUACCAGAUACGGCAUGGAAAUUAUUCGACUCGAUCAACUUUUGCCCGUGGAUUUGAUCGGCAAGAUUUCUGAUUUGGAGGAUCCCAUUGUGGAGGCUUUCAAGGUUGAAGGAAACGAAAACGAUCCCGCCGAAACCCAUAAAUUCAUCACUCAAUUCCUCGACUCGCCUGCUGGUGCACCAUUCAACAACAACCCCGACGGUGGCCCGGGUGUCUUCAUCUACAACGGCAAGCAGCCUCUCUGCGGACUACAGCCCUUUGGCUUCCAGGCCGCUGAGCAUGUCGAAGAACUGUUGUACCCCGAUCACGGUGACUUGAUCAUCCUUCAAGCACGACCUCGUGCCCCCUUCUCUGGCGGCUCGACUCCUAUCGGUGACCUACGCCGUGCACUACACGCUUCAAGCAUUUCGACGGGCUUCAAGCCCGCCCCUACAGGAUUCGACUUCCUCUGGGUCGUCGACUUCCCUCUCUUCUCCCCCUCCUCGGACUCAGAGCCAGGCCAGGGCGGCGCAGCAGGCAUCUCCUCAACGCACCACCCCUUCACCGCACCCAAGACCCCCGCUGACGUCGACCUCCUCCUCACAGACCCUACCCAGGCCGUGGCCGACCACUACGACCUAGUCGUGAACGGAGUCGAGCUGGGCGGCGGUAGUCGCCGUAUCCACGAUGCAGCGGUCCAGGAAUUCAUCUUCCGUGAUAUCUUGAAAAUGCCAGCUGAGCGGUUGGAUGACUUCUCGCAUCUGCUCGAUGCUCUGCGCUCUGGAUGUCCGCCGCAUGCGGGUCUGGCAUUGGGCUUUGACAGACUUGUUGCUGUCAUGCUAGGCAAAGAAUCUGUGCGGGAUGUGAUUGCUUUCCCUAAAACCGGAAGAGGAGGCGACGACGCUAUGGUCGGGGCGCCGAGUCCCAUGACCGAGCAAGCAUUGGAGACUUACCACCUGAAAUUAAGGAAGUAG